AUGGAAGUUAAGACUAAGGGGAGGAAGAAAGAUUCCAUUGAACAGUUCAUAAGUCAACCACAAAUGUUUGUUGAAAAUGGGCUCUCCCAAUUACGUUAUAUGAUUUUAAUUGAAGGUUUAUCAAUACCCAAAGGUUAUGAUCUGUGCCCUUAUAGAAACGUUGUUUGGACUAUACUAAGUAGAAUACCUGUGAUUCCAACUCAAGAGUACUUAUCUUUAAUAUCUAUGGCAUCUGAAGAUUUAAGUCCAGAAAUUCAACAAAAGAUUCGUAAUGAUACUUUUAGAACAUUAAUGAAUGAUAGACAAUUUCAUAAUAAAGUACUGGAAAACUCAUUAAUUCGUAUAUUAUCAGCCAUGGCUAUAUCAACUAAUCAUUCUACAAAUGGAAAGGGUGGUUAUGUUCAAGGACUAAAUGUAUUAUUGGCUCCUAUUGCCUAUACUUGUUCAAAAUCUGAACCUCAAGCUUUUGCAAUCUUGAAUCAUUUGGUGACUAAACAAAUACCUUUAUACGUAACUCCAAGCUUGGAUGGUGUUCAUACGGGUUUAUCAUUAAUUGAUGUGAUAUUAAAGAUCAUAGAUCCAUCAUUGAGUGAAUUUCUUGCAUCAAAGUUCUUGAAACCUGAAAUUUAUGCUUUCCCUUCGGUUUUAACUUUAUGUGCAUGUACCCCAUCGUUGAACUCAGUUUUGAAAUUAUGGGAUUUUUUAUUUGCUUAUGGAACUCAUAUGAAUUUACUUUUCAUUGUUGCUCAAUUGAUAAAAAUGAGAUCAAAGAUCUUAAGUUCCCCCCAACCGAUGAAAUUAUUAAGAAACUUCCCCAGUCUAGAUGAAAAUGAAAUCAUCAAAUUGAGUUUAAGUUUUGUUCCUGAAUUACCUGAAGACCUUUAUGACCUCAUAGUAAGGCAUGGCUUUGACCCUAAUGUUCCUGAAGAACUAAAGAUAUUCCUUAAAAACAAUAAGAUUUAA